UGCUGGGAUUUAGUUUCAGCUGAUGGGCUGCCAUCUACUACAUGCUCUAUUCAGAAAAAUGAUUGUCUAAAGGAGGAAAGGAGAGGAUGCAUCAAGUGUCAUCAGCAUAGCAGUCAUAUGAAAAUCCAUGUGAGCAAAGUUCAAUUCCGACUGUGACAUAGAACAACAAUAGAAUGCUUUUGGGUGGUUCCCAGAUCAGGAAUUGUACUCAGUUUUGCUGACCUCUAAAUACUGAAAAGAAAGUUUUGGGCAUAGAGGGUGCGGUGAUGGAAAUCGCUCACUCACUCAGGAGACACUAAACUGUCUUGACGCAAACGCAACAUUUCAGACAAGAACUCCAAAUCUCUGAGAUCAUAAUUCAAAUGUUCAAACAUAAGACAGUCAGAGAUCUUGACACUAAACAUUGGAAUCCUCACAAGGACCCCCGUUCUUACAGAUUCUGCGUUUUAAUGUGACACUCCUUCGUGGUUUUUGACAUUGUAGGGUAUAUCUGGUGUGAGCCUGACCAGUUAUCAGGUGGAGGUUCUGGGGAAUAUGGCCUGCACACUGAACCCCUCCUACAUCCAGAACUCUCACCCUCUCAUUUUGGAGAAACUGAAGAACUGUGGAGAUCUUUCUGAUUCUCAGAUCACUGCUGUACAGUCUUUGCUCCUCAGUGGGAACACCGCUUAUGGUAAUCCCUCAACGUGGAAUGAGCAGACCGUGGAGCAACUCAGCAUCCUGGCUGUCUAUUUCAAAUCAGACCUCUGCAACACACUUAGCUUUAAUGUAAGGCGGAAGUUCUUUUCAGUCCUGAGGAAGCAGAAGAUCCCGAUGAAGAAGCUAAGGACAUUCUUUACAGAAUGCAACUCAGAAAGCGCUACAGUGAGCAACAUCACAGCGGUGACAAUUGCAGAUGCGUCGUUUCCUUUCGGCUUUAACUCCACCCAGUUUGAUCUGUAUCUGGACAUCGCUGUCCUGCAGAACAACCUGGCAGCCAUCACUGAGAAAGUGGUGGACACCAGCUUCCAGACCGUCAUUCUGAACAAGUUAAACCAGAUUUACCCAUCAGGCCUUAAUGAUGGUGUGCUGCAGCUACUGGGUUCCACUUCUCGUGUGGCCACUAUUGAUGACAUUAGCAAGUGGAACAUUACCAUAAUUGACACACUGUCCUCUUUGAUGGACUCAAAUGGUGGACUCUGGGAACCAGAAAAGAGUAAAGCGGUUAUUAUGAGGUAUCUGAGCAUGGGGAAUCGCUCUCUGGGAAGUGCUGAAAUAAAUGCAGUUGGUUCCAACAUCUGUACUUUAAACAUCAGUGUACUGGAAAAUAUCAAUUCUGAGAGCCUAAAGGAGGUCCUGUUUCCAGAUCUUUCCUCAUGUACCAUCGAACAGAAAUCCGCUCUGUACAUCACAGCCAACACUUCAUUCAGCAAUCAACGCAGCAAAGCAUACUACCAAAUUAUGAGACCUUACCUGGGUAAAACAAUCAUCCACAUACACAGAAAUACUAAACACACACAGGUGUAGUGUUUUAGAACAGCAGUAGUUGGAUUGAAUGAAAAGUAGCUGCACA